CACAGAAUCAGUAAUUGAUAAAGAUGCAAGAGGAGUCGGCUAUGAGACAGGAGGCAGCCAGACGAGCAACAGAAGAACAACUUCAAGCACAUCGUCGGCAGACAAAGUAGGAAAAGGAAAAGAUGAAACAGGAAACUAUCAGAAUACAAACUUUAGCUGAAGCAAAAGGAACAGCACUUGAAGCUAAGCUUGCUGAGGAUGUUAACAGAAGAUUGCUAGUAGAACGCGCUAAUGCAGAAAGAGAAAAAUGGAUAUCAGCAAUAAAUACAACUUUCGAGCAUAUCGGAGGGGAGUUGAGGGUAAUAUUUACUGAUCAAGAUAAGCUGGUUGUGGCUGUUGGUGGUGUGACAGCCCUUGCUGCUGGCGUCGUCUACACAACAAGGGAAGGUGCUAGAGUAAUUUGGAGUUAUGUGGAUCGAAUAUUAGGACAGCCAUCAUUGAUCCGAGAAUCAUCCAGGGGCAGGUUCCCUUGGUCAGGAGGUGAUGUAGCACCACUUGGUCUGCAGGCUGUGACCAAGAUACAUCAACUGUUCGACUGGGCCAAAAAGUCCAACAGAGGCCUGCUACUGUUCAUUGAUGAAGCAGAUGCAUUUUUGUGCGAAACAGGUGACCAGUCAAAAGACAUAGUCAUUGCCCUUGCUACAAACAGGCCUGGUGAUCUUGAUUCAGCUGUCACGGACCCUAUAUACGAAGUUCUUGAAUUCCCUCUCCCAGGCCAAAGUGAGCGCUUUGAGUUGCUGAAACUUAACAUGGAUAGAUACAUAGCUCAAGCAGGAGCACGGAAAGCUGGCUUCUUUUCCCGGUUACGAUAUCCUGAAGGAAGCCGCGGCAAAAACGGAAGGCUUUUCGGGUAGAGAGAUCGCCAUACUGAUGGCAAGUGUUCAGGCCGCUGUUUAUGGCAGCGAGAGCUGCGUUUUGGACCCGUCUCUCUUCCGUGAAGUUGUGGAUUACAAAGUUGCAGAGCCAUCAACGGAGGAAGAAAUUAGCUGCUGCUGC